AGAAAACUUUAUUCAUUUCUCGAUCUCAUUCAGUGCCCUCAAGUGAUAAACAAUGAGUCGACUGAAUCCACGGCUCUACCUCGAUUGGUCUUAUAAAAAGCGAACGACAUGAAAUCACUCGCUUCGGCUUACCUCUCUCCCACCGAGCAUUCGCCUUCUUUCCAGAUGCCCAACACCAGCACCCUCGCACCGGACCUCCCUGACCUCCCCGAAGCCAGCCGCGAAUUCGAAAUCGACGCAUCCUUCGCGAACCUGGCCCCAACGAGCCCCGCGCCAAGAUCUACCAAUUCGGGGCUCGACAACAGACGCAAGUCGGGUGUAAGCACUACCCGAAGCAACUUCUACGAGCUGCCCAACCGCGACAGCGACGGCGGCCGGUUAGGCCAGCUCGAGCGGCACCAGUCCCCAUCGCAGAGCCCCAUGGCCACGCAAUCCUCGAUGCGGGUCGGCAACACGGGCGCGUUACGACGGGGCGUGCGACGGACGGCUCGCAGAGGCCCCAGCGUCUCCAAACUGAGCGAGGAGGAAACCGGCGGCGAGCAAUACGAGGAAGACAUCGGGAUCCCCUCGUGGGCGGAACACCGGUCAGCGGGGGAGGUCGUACUCUACGGUCGGAUUACGGAAGGGGUGGUGAUGCUGAUGCUGCUGCUGGGCAGUUUUAUUUUGAUAAAUUAUGUGUCGAAUGCGGUUCUGCCGACGCAGUAUGGGCCUUCUAUCUUGCAUGGUGCGUUGGCGAUUGCGGGGUAUUGCAUUAGCUCGUUGGGGGGUAAGAUGGUGACCGAGUCGAUCCAUCAUGCGUUGACAAUUAUUGCGCUGACGAGGGGGGCUGAUUGUUAUAUUAUGUCGAGUAACUAUCAAACACGGAACCCGUUCAUCCUAUCCAAACGAGCCCUGUUUUGUUGCCUGCAGAACGCAAAAGACACGAAAUCCGUCGAACUGGUUCGCUUAUCGCUCAUCGUGAUGAUGCUGAUACUGCAUUUGACGCUGUCUGGUAUAUUAUCGUUCGCAAUGGUCUCCAUCGAAUGGGUCGAAAUCGCCAGCAGCAUCGGCACGGGCACCUGCGAAAAGGGCGUCUACACUCCCAUCCUCGAAUCCCAACGCCAAAACAUCCACCAACUCGCCUCCUCCGUCUCCCCCGCCAUCUUCGUCGACACCGACGGCUCCGUCGGGGUCAUCAGCUCCCUGCUGCCCAAAACCGCUACCAACGUGCAGGUCACAGGCACCGGCGCGGUCGUCAAAGUCCUGGCGCCCAAUAUGGACGAGACGGCCGAACCGUGUACCAGCGACGCGUUGACGAAUUCGAGUUACUGGGGUCUGGCAGCGGUCGUGUGUGAUCGCGAGUAUCAUCCGACGACGACGGGGGCGCAGCUGUUCCUUCGGCUUGGCUUGCCCGUGCGGUACUGCUCCGGCUGCGUCAGCCACUCCUCCUACCAGUAUUUCACCGUCUCUGGCGAAAUGCAAUACUUCACCGGCACGGUGACCGCCGAGUUCGCGGAGGACGUGUCGGCGAUCUCCCGCGCCGGGUACGUGAGCCACGGCGACCUGGUAUCCGGGGUCGACUCCUCGCUCGCGGCCAACUUCAUGUCGAUCUGGAACCGCACCACUCCCAUCUUACUCGUCGGCACCUUCCAGGCCCGCCAGCCCGCCAUCUUCAACUCGAUCGUCAACGCGCAGGGGCAGUACACGCCACGUAUGACGGAGGAAGGCAUGGCGCGCGGGAUCGCGUCGCUCUUUGAGACGACCAUGAUGUCGUUCACGAGCUCCAGCGACUACAGCUGUGAUCUGAAGGCGACACAGGGGUAUGGGCAUGGGGUGAUCAGCGGAUGGCUGCCGAAGGUCUUUGGGACCGUCGCGGUGGUGUCUGCCGUCGUCGUCAUUGGGAUCAUGCUUGAGGCGCGUAAGGCGGUUAAGGAACUGCAGCCGCACGCGUACGCUCGCGGGCUGUCCAUCAUGAAGGACCCGCUCCGCUUCAUGGUCUCGAUGAAAGAUUGCCGCGCGUUCUGGGAGAGGACCACGGGAGGGUGUGAUGCGAGCGGGGACCUGUUGCGAAACGCGAGUGCGGGGUUGAUCUGCAAGUAUGGAGAGGAAAAGGCCACCAGGUCGUUGGAGACGGGACAUUUGAUGUUUGGGGCGCCGGAGGAUGUCAUCCCCAUUCGCGAUGGACGGGAGUAUAGCGGGCCGGCAGACGGUCGGAGGGAUUUCUACAAAAGCUUGGUGUCGAGUUGAAACCAAAUUGCAACGUAGAUAGUUCAUUGGACCAUAUUGUCAAUUU